UAAAUGCUGUGGGGGGGGGGGUCAUCCCUCACUGAGCCUCACUGCGUACGUGAGCGGUUACUCGGAGCAGGCAGCCCAGGCAGGAGUCAGUCCGUGUGUUGCGUUUCUAACCAAGGAGGAGGAGGCUGGUGGUGGUGCUGUUGAUGAUGAUGCUGCUGCUGCUGCUUUCCCAGCCCGUAGAUCGUACGGGGCGACGAUGAUGAUGAUGAUGCAGGAGGCGUGGUGGGCCAGCCAUCUCUAUUCAUUCAUUUUCAUUGCAUUCGUUGUUGUUGCUGCUGCUAUUAUUGCUGCUACUGAGAGUGGAGUUGACAUCGUAUGCAGCAGCAGCAGUAUACAUUACGAGCGUUUGAUGAUUUAAGCAGGCAGGCCAGACAGGCGUUUUGGUCUGGUUGGUUGGUGGUGAUGGUGGUGGUUGUUGUUGCAACGAUGACUUCGCUGUAAUUGGUAACGCUGAGAGAUGGUGACAUAAUUGCCCGCACGGCGGCAUUCGUCCACGAGAAAAUAUAUCUACGGCGUAGGAAAAAAAUAUCAGCUCUAUAUAUGCAGCACUGUGUACAGCAACAACAACAAACACCACAUCCGUUAGCGAAAGCUUGCGUCACUUAAUGUUUUAGAUUUGAUUUUUAAUCUCUGAAAGAGAGAGAGAGAAAGCAAGCAGGGGAGGAAGGCAAAGUAGGACGCCGAUGUUGUUAUUCGCUCAGCUGAAAGGAGCUCCGCGCAGAGACCAGAGGAGCCGCCGAUAUGAAUCCGAGUGUUGGUGCUGCUGCUCCGUGAACGAGAGCCCACCUCCUUCCCCCCUAACUCCCAGCUCGGCGACACGGGAGAUGCGUCCCAGCGUCAUCACUACCACACCACCACCGGCUUGCCAUACGUGACUCGCGACGCGCCAACGCGGAGUGGAAUCAUCAGCAGCAGCAGCAGCGCCGUCCGUUUGCCGCAGUGAGACAGACGCGAUCGCGCCCGAUGGUGCAUCGCUUCUCCCUCCGCGCUCGCAUCGCUUUGACUCGCCCGCUCUCUUGUGCGCUCACUUCUCUCAAUUCUAUCGCACCUCCAAUUCUCUAGCUGUUGCACUGUUGCGCUCUCUCCAUCUCUCUCUCGCUCUCCACAUCCACCCCGGCUCGGACUCUCACACAUUUCUCGCUCGCCGGCUCUUUCUACCAGCUCUCUCCAUCGCUAAGCUCACUACCAAAUCUCUCUCGCGACUGCUUGUUUAUACUAUCGUUCGCCAGCGCUCCUCUCUGUAAUUAUCGCUAUCCGGCUACCUCUCAGUCUCUCCAAUUCUCUCUUUUUUUCUCACUCUCGCUCUCACAAUCUCGGCCAGGCUCUCUGUGUGUCUCUCUCGCCAGCUAUCUCGUUCUCUGCCCAUCUCGUCUCGCUCGCUCAUCAUUCAAGUUGAUAUUUCUCGACUCGCACUACUCACACCACGCACGAUUCAUCCCGGAGGAAGACCGUUCCGGAAGAACCCAGCAUCAUUGAAUAGCGGCCACAUUACUAACAUUAUUAUUAUUAUUAAACCAUCGGCAGAAGAAGAAGAAAUUAUCUCGGCAAUCGCAACAGCAAAACCGAGGCCGCUGUAUGAGAGACGAGCGGAGAGAAAAGGAGUUCCCAACGAAGAAGUGCAAUCGAAGAGGCCACGAUGACGACGAUGAUGUGUGGCUGCGCCCAGUGAAGGUGUCUCACGCGUGUGGGAUGCUAUCGUCACCGUCUCGAGAUCUUCCUACAAGCCCGGCCCACCGUCUCGACAGCUAAAAGACUGGACGUGACUUUCAAUCCCGGAAGACCUUCACAUCUUUCUCUCGUCAGAAAAAAAUCAAGCAACAGCGGUACCCACGCCACCUCCGCAACCCACACCACCACCACAACCACCACCACAACCACCACCACCACCACCCACCGCGAGACAACACCACCCACCGCGAGACAACACCACCACGGACAUGGAGAAGCGGAAGGCGGUGGCUCCGGGCGCGUGGGCGCCGCCCUGGCAGCUGCUGCCAUCGCUGGCGCUCCGCGCUCUGCUGCUGCCGCUGCUUCUGCCGCCGCCGCCGCCCUUGGGCCCCGCCGUCUUUCACGCCGCCGCCGACUCCAGCGACUCCGCCGACUCCGGCGCCGGCCUCCACUCCUGCCCGUCGGUGUGCGUGUGCGCGGCCGACAUCAUCGCGUGCGCCGGCGCCAACCUGACGGCGCCGCCGCCGAACCUCCCGGCGUUCGGCACGGCCCUCGACCUGGGCCACAACGCCAUCGCGAGGCUGGGCCCGUCGGCGUGGGCCCGCAACGCGAGCCGGCUGCUCGCGCUGCGCCUCCGUGGCAACCGCCUGUCGGCGCUGGAGCCCGGCGCCUUCGAGGGCAUGCCGGCGCUCGCCGUGCUCGACCUCUCCUCCAACCGGCUGGGCGCCGUCAACGGCUCGGCGCUCCGCGGCCUGGCCAGGCUGCGCGAGCUGCUGCUGUACGACAACCGCAUCGCGCACUUCGACGGCACGGCCGUGGCGGGCCUCGCGAGCCUGCGCAAGCUCUACCUGGGCUGGAACCUCGUGGAGGAGUUCCCCUUCGGGCUGCUCGCUCGCGGCCAGCCGCUGCAGGACCUCGAGCUGCUGGACGUCUCGGCCAAUCGGCUGAGCUCGCUGCCCGCGGGCGAGCUGGACGCGCUGUCGCCCGAGAUCAAGGACGGCCUCUACCUGCACGGCAACCCCUUCCGCUGCGAGUGCGAGACCUUCAUCCUGCUGCAGCUGUGGCUGAAGUGGCGCUUCAGGCCCGUGGUGGAGUACACCGACGACUUCUCUUGCUCGUACGGACCGCUGCCGCCGCCGUCGACGGCGUCCGACGGAGGCGGCGGCGGCGGCGGCGGCGGCGGUGGCGGCGCAGUGAGCGCCUGGCGCGCCGACUGGGACCGCAUGAACUGCACGUCGGCGCUCGGCGACAGCACGCGCCUGCCCGAAGUGCACGCCGAGGCGGAGGACAACGUCACGGUGGACUGCGGCGGCCGGCGCCUGGCCCGCGAGGGCGGCGGCGCACGCUACAUGUGGCUGACGCCCGGCGGCGCGGCGCUGGUGCCCGGCGACGAGCGGGAUGGCGCCAACGCGAGCGUGCGCACGCCGCACGGCUCGCGGCUGCUCGUCCACCCCAACGGCAGCCUGAGCAUCGCCCAGGCGCAGCCCAACGACACGGGGGCGUACGCGUGCGUGGUGACGGACGGCGCGCUGGCGCUCAACGAGACGGUCGAGGUGAACGUGACCGUGUCCGAGGCGGAGGAGGACCACCCCUUCAACACGGCGUUCACCACGCUGGCGGCGUGCGUCAUCAGCGUCGUGCUGGUGCUCGCGUACCUAUACCUCACGCCGUGCCGCUGCCUCUGCCGCCCGGCCGAGGAGCUCGACGCCGUGGCGGGAGACGACGACGGCCCCGGCGGCGCCGGCGGAGGAGGCGGCGGCGGCGGCGGGGGAGGCGGCAACGGCGACGAGUCGACGUCCAACUCGAACUCGCGGCAGAGGAACGACAGCAGCGCGCAGUACUCGAGCCUCAGCGUCACGCCCCAGCACCGCGACGACCCGCUCCCCGGCGGAGGGGGGGCGCCCGGCCGCCACAAGUUCGGCCACAACGGGAGCGGCGGCGGCGGCGGUGGCGGCGGCGGCGGCAGCGGCAAACACGUGGUGUUUGCCGAGCACGGCAAGAAGGAGCCGCUCUCCGUCGUCAUCGGCGGCGGCGUCGUGUCGGCGUCGCCGGCCGAAAUCCACGGCAAGGGACGCGGCAAGUCGCUGGUCGGUGGUGGCGGCGGAGGAGGAGUGGAGCACCGGGCACUGGAGGAGCGGCUCAUCAAAAUCCAGAGGGUCAAGUCCGACUCGGAUUCCAUCUGCUCCGUGUUUUCGGAUACACCCAUCAUGCCGUGACGCCACGGAGGGGAGCCGCGACGGGCGUGCGGAGGAGGAGGUGGAGCGGGAGGAGUGCGGAGGAGGAGGUGGAGCGGAAGG